UCGUGUGCAUUUCCUCCGGCGUUUCGCGCACGGUGGCGAAGACUGCUUGGCGGUGUAGUUAAAAUUUUUCGGUCGCGGACCUUCAACAUCCGGUGGUAGGAUCUCGUUGAUCGUCGAGGAAGAAGGAUUACCUUCUUUUCUCCCUCGAAAGCUACCGUUGCGUACGCUUUCAUCGUUCCUGUUUCAUCAUCCAUUUCCUCGUGGUCACGUUUUUUUUUUUCUUUCUGCCCUAAACUCUACGUGUGGGGCAUCGUGUGGUGUACUAGCGUGUAGUGUAUACGGCAACAAUCUGGUCCAGUAACGCAGUGCGUGCGCUGCAAGUUUUGGCUUCUGUACCGGAAGUGGGUUGUGUAAUCAAGUUUUUUGCCAAGUGUUUUGUAGUCGGCUGCCGAGCGGCUGCUGUUUCCUUAUCCGGAUUCUUCCGAACGACGUCGAAAGAACGCCCCACGCGAGCAACAUCUGCGGAGUGUGAUUCGCACAACACUGCAAAACACGUUAACCAAAAGCGAGGAACAACAGAAAUUCAUGGCCAGUAUGUCAGCGGAACACCAAGUGGCUGUGAACGGCACCGAAAACCAUCACAAUAGCAGUGCCAAUCACGCCACAGGGCAGAACACGCACGAACAGAUGUGUCACCGCCGUCACAACCUUUACCGGACCAAGGUGAUUGUAGUCCUUGGCGCUCAGUGGGGCGAUGAGGGCAAGGGCAAGGUGGUCGAUAUGUUGGCCGCUGACGCGGACAUUGUAUGCCGUUGCCAGGGUGGCAACAAUGCUGGCCAUACGGUGGUGGUCGAAGGGAAGGAUUUCGAUUUCCAUCUCCUACCCAGCGGCAUCAUUCACGAGAAGUGUGUCUCUGUGAUCGGAAACGGUGUCGUCGUUCAUUUACCGGGCCUGUUCGAUGAGCUCGCCAAGAACGAGGCCAAAGGCCUGAAGCACUGGGAAAAGCGGCUGAUCAUCUCGAACCGUGCCCACUUGGUGCUGGAUCUGCACCAGCAGGUGGAUGGCCUGCAGGAGGCGGAGAAGGGCGGCAAAUCGCUCGGCACCACGAAGAAGGGCAUCGGUCCGUGCUACUCCAGCAAGGCGACCCGCAACGGUAUUCGCGUGUCCGAUCUACUCGGUGACUUCAAAGUGUUCAGCGAGAAGUUUGAAGCCCUGGUUGCGAUGUACAAACGGCUCUAUCCCGACUUCUCGGUGGACGUGAACGCGGAGCUUGCACGAUAUCGCGAGUAUGCCGAACGGUUGCGGCCGUUGGUGCGCGACUCGGUGUCGUUCUUGCACGCGGCGCUCAAGGAGGGCAAGAGCGUACUGGUCGAGGGAGCGAACGCUGCCAUGCUGGACAUUGACUUUGGCACCUACCCGUACGUAACGAGCAGUAACUGCAGUAUCGGUGGCGUCCUGACGGGGUUGGGCCUACCACCGCAAGCGAUCGGCGAAGUGAUUGGUGUCGUGAAAGCCUACACUACCCGCGUCGGUGACGGUCCGUUCCCGAGCGAACUGCACGAUGAAAUUGGAUCAUUUUUGCAAAAGCGUGGCGGUGAGGUCGGUGUCACAACGCUACGAAUCCGCCGAUGCGGAUGGCUCGAUCUCGCCCUGCUCCGCUAUACCUCCAUGGUCAACGGCUACACUGCACUCUGUUUGACCAAGUUGGAUAUUUUGGAUACGCUGAAGGAGAUCAAGGUUGCCGUCAGCUACAAUCUGAACGGUAAAAAGAUUGACUACUUCCCUGGUUCCAUCACCGAUCUGGGCCAGGUGGAGGUGAACUACAUCACCGUACCCGGCUGGCUGCAGUCGACGGAGAACGUGCGCGACUUUGGUGAACUGCCGCCGCAGGCCCAGGACUACAUUCGGCUAAUCGAGAACGAGCUGGAUGUACCGGUUAAGUGGAUCGGUGUCGGCAAGGGUCGAGAGUCGAUCAUCUGCGUGAAGGAUUAAGUUCCAGACAGCCUGAGGAACUUCGAAUGGCGCGGGCGCACUACCAACACCUUUUCCGAGAGCCUUCGAGCGCAGCCGCGCCCUCCUUGUUCAUCGUCAAUUUGGAUCCAUUCUCUCCCAACCCGCGCGCUCACUACGGAAGCGAGAAGCUGCUAGGGCACAGUACAGUCAUGCAUACAUACAUACAAAACGCCAAUGGAAGGAAACUUUUACGGGAAACUAUUUCCUGUACCAUUCCGAAGAAAGCCUACGCACAAUGUGAACCUCUUCUGGUGGGAAGUCUGUCCUGUAAACUGCCGAGGCUGACCGGAUGUUGGGGCGAGAAUGAGUGAAAGCUAUUGAUGGUCGUAACAAAAUCAAUGCCCUAAAUAUUUUGCAAUGAAGUGUGAAAUAUGUUUUACCAACAGAGAAUUACCGAUCGCAAAACUAUCCCUAUUAAAUGUCCUAAAACUUAAGCAA